GUGGCGCGACCGCUAGGCUGCCGACAGUCAAAAAUGGCCGGAGCCAGCGACUGGUUUAGCAUCGGGAGCACGGUGCUUUGUAAAACCUGCCACGAGCAGGAGAUAGAAGGAGAGGUGCUGGCAUUCGAUCCACAGACCAAAAUGCUGAUACUAAAAUGUCCAUCGUCGAGUGGUAGACCCUCGUUAAACGAUGUACACAUAGUAAAUUUAUCUCUCGUAUCUAAUGUUCAAGUAAUACGAGAAGUUAGUCCUACUACCAGCGAACCACCACAGAGCCUUAAUUUACAAAGGCUAAAUACAAGAGUUCGUAAUCAGGUUGAAGAGAAGAAGAGACUGGUAAUGGCUCUGCAGGCCGGAGUAUCUCCAGAGGGACAGAAACUCUUUAUUGCUAUUUCAAAGACUAUUCAAGAUAUUACGUGGAAUGGAGCUAAUAUUGUUGUAUUUAACAAUGUCACUAUUAGGCCACCGUACAAAGUGGAUAAUGUGCAUGGAAACACAGAAUCUGGAGCAUAUAGACAUGUAAAAAAAGUGGUUGAGAAACAUAUUAAAGAUACUGCUCAAGCGCAGCAACAACGGGAACAACAGCAACAGAAAGGCGGCGAACUGCAAUAAAAAUCCUCCAAAAAGGCACUACACCACCAAGAUCGUUAAAGAAACUUUUCAAGCAGUCCCAAUGUUUGAUGAGAAAUAGAAAGAAUUAACGGGAUACUAAAUACACAAAGCAGCCUGACGACAAAGCAACAUAGAUAAAUCUAGAUCGCGGAAAAUCGACAUCUUCGAGCGACCUCCAGUCGUUUGUUGAAUGGAAAAACGGACAAAUGAAGUGCAAAUUCAAAGAAAAAAAUUUCACACAUUCUUAAUCCGAGCAUUGUUAACAGUAUCGCAUGUGCAGCAUUUUAUAAAUACAAUCAGACGUAUUAUUCGUAAUUAUUAGUCACCAGCCUAAAAAAAAAUCUACAAAAGCGAAUAGAUCGACUGAUUCAAGUAACUACCGCAUAUUUGUUAAGUACUACUGAUACUACAUUCGUAUGUAUAUCAAUAUACCGGAAUGUGCUGUAGUUCAAAUAUUUAAUUCAAAUACGUUUUACAUCGGGUUAUUGUUUGUUGACAUUAAGCAUGAAACGUAUUUUAGCAUGAAUUGGAUUCUUCUUUUUAAACGCGAAUCCGCGCAUUUGUAAGGUAAUUAUAUUAUUUAAGCCCGUAUGAAACGGCUCGAGCAUUUGCAAAUAGCAUCAAACUCCCAAAGGCAACACAAAUCGCAAAUAAAGUAAGAUAAAAUGCACAGUUAAUCAACAUCUCGCGAACGCUCUGCUCAAUUACGUAAUUUUGUCAAUAAUAAAUUGUGAUUUAUCAUCAUGAUCAAAUAUUACGAUAACUGCUUUGCAACUUUUUCAUCUUUUUUAUCAUUAAAUAAAAAAGGUAUAAAAUUAUGCAGUUUUGUUAAAUAUGUACGUUAAGAACUGAACGUACGAAAGCGAGUUUCUAUUUAUUAUUUCCGAAUGUCUUGCGAUACAUUUUUCUGCUUUGUAUUUACGAUAGAAAAUAGAUUUUCUAACGGGAUACCAAUAAUUUUAAUCGAGUCAGCAACCGUGCUUUUUAUCCUAGUUUUGCGAAUCAAGAUGCGUAGGAUCAAUUUAAAUAAGUCUAUUUUGAAAUUUGCUUUUUGUGCCUGAUUCAUGAACAAUUUCACACUUCCCCCUCACAUAACGAAUCUUUCGAAAAUCUUUCAAUCAAUCAAGAAAAAUAUUACGAUUCAUCAUGUACGCACGUGACGGCUUAAAGCAUCGUCAAAUAUGUGCUAAUCUUUUAUGUUUCUUGCGCAAACCGAGUUGUAAGAACGUAAUUUUAAAAAGUCAGGGCUUCGACUUAUGCAAGAUUUAUCUGCGAGAUCUAACAUCGACCUCGUCGAAAAAUCGAGUACAUCUCGUACCCUUUUUAACUCCAUUCUGAAUGAAGCGAUGAGAAUAAUUAAGAAGAACAAGUGUGCGCGAGGGAGAUUGUAAGAAGAGAGUUACAUGAAGAGACAAAAAUAAAUGUAAUAUAAAUUCUGUA